AGCUGUCGCCAGACAAUCAUUGAGCAUGUCUUUUCGAACAGCUACGGAUCGCCAUAUGUCGGCGCUUACACUCCGCCCGUCGGCUGCAACUUCACCACGACUAUUUUCAACUUAUCUGUCACGUCUCAGGGUCGACAAUAUGACCGACUCGCACUGCUGUACUUCGGUGAUAUCGAAGUGUGGCGGACUUCCACUGCAAUGCCGACGCAGUCUGGGAUUCAUUGGAGUUUCCAGAAGGACAUGACCGUCUUUCACUCGAUCCUGAGCACGGAGCAAAAGGUCAUAUUCGACCUGGCCAAUGUUAUCGACGGCAACCUUUACACCGGUGCCUUCGACGUCAAUCUGGAGGCAUUGUACUUUGACGAUGACUACACUGCUGGCUUCUUUCCUGCGGAGGAGAUCUAUCCCAUCUCGUUGCUGUCGUCGGCCGAUAACGCCACUUCCGUGUUUUCACUCCCUGGCGACAGUGGCUCAGUCAAUGUGACGCUUCCCCGAAAUAUCAAAACGGCCGUCGUCUCCCUCAUGGCUUCGGGAAACGGAGCCGAGGAAUUCUGGUACACAAACGUGCCCUCGGAGUACACCAACACGUUCAACAGUCCUUGGGGCCUCUUAAACGGAUACGGUCCCUUUCGCGAGGUCCAACUCCUCAUUGACGGCCAACUCGCCGGUGUUUCCUGGCCGUUCCCUAUUCUCUUCACCGGCGGAGUUGACCCGGGCGCUUGGCGUCCCAUUGUGGGUAUCGACACAUACGACCUGCCGUCUUUCGAAAUCGAUGUCACGCCGUGGCUGUAUCUUCUGUGCGAUGGAAAUGAGCAUUCCUUCCAGCUCCAAGUCAUCGGAUUCGACGCAACUGCACCCGGCCUGAUUGGACCUAUCGGGCAGAACUGGUGGGUUUCUGGCUCUCUAUUCGUCUGGCUGGACCACGCCACGAACCAGACUGUUGCCGGGCUCAAGUCAACGAGUGGUUCAGGCCCAGCCUUCGAUUUCAAUUCAAAUAUUAACAAGGUUAUCGAGCCCAACGGUACCGUGACGAACUCGUCGCUGUACUUCUCCUUGGAGGCACACAGGUCGCUUUCGAUAUCAUCCACUAUCCAGGCGGCCAACGGCAGCAGCAGGACUGUCACCUGGGAGCAGAACCUCUCCUUCAUCAACACCCAAACUGUGACCAACCAGGCCCUCAACCAGUCCUCGACUAUGGUGACCGAGGGUUCUCAUCUCGGAUCUGCGAGUAACAUCGUCUCAAAUUACAAGUACCCCAUC